ACUCACAGCAGACGGUUGCUAUUCUUCGUCACUGUGAAAUAAAGUGUAAAAAAUGCUCUAUUUGGCUAUUUUUAUGAGUUUGGUUCUCGUACAUUUUUUUCGCACAAUUUUUAGAACAAAUAUUUAAAUAAAUUGAGAUCCACUGAUAACUUCGCCUCACUUCGACUAUGUGAUAUUUGAUCCCACACUUGUUGACAUUGUGAUAUUUGAUCGAUUUGUCAAUAUGCAUGUGCCGCACACCGUAAACUGCUGAUACUGAAGUGAACUUUCUAGUAAAAUUGUUAAAGGAUUGCAAGUUAUCUUUUAAAUGUGUUGACAUCUGGAAUCAUAAUUCCUCUCUCCAUACACUAUGGACGUGCAGAUUUUGAGGGCUAUCGUCCAAAGUCGUAGUGAGGUUAUGAAAGAAGUUGAGGAUCCUGACAAGUUCGAGCGAUCUCUCGCUGAAGAAAAAUUUCCACCCCUUGAUCGAUCAAUAUUUACAAUACUUACGAGAUGUUUUACCGAUCUCUUCAGUCACAAAGUCUCCCCUGAGGCUCAUCAAAGAUACUCGGUCCGAAUUCAAUUGAUUGAAGUUUUACGAGACUGGAUACGACCAUGUUCAUUGUUGAAUUGUUCGCGAACAUUUUACAAAGGGGAGAAAGUAUUGGAUUUCACGGAAAGAAUGUUGAAAAUCUACUUAACGAGUGAACUGUUAUACCAAGAAGACGGAAAUAUUCAAACUCUGGUGGAUGUAGCAAAGGCAUUAUUGUGUUUGAUCCCAAGAAGAAAAUCUCUGGUUUCUGAUUUUGAAAGGAUUUUGGAGAGGAUUUGCGAGUUGGAACCAACAGCGGAUAGUGAAUCGUUACUAAUUGAAAUUUUGGAAGGAAAAGAUAGGCCAGUGUUGAGUUCCAAAAUGAUUGAAAACUUGUACAUCGCCCAAAGAGUUAAACUAAUCGAAACGCCAAUUGUUGAAAGCUUAUUAGAAAAUCUCAAGAACGGUUCAUCCCUGCAUCUCCGAUCGAAGUGUUCCAGGAGCAUGGUCAAUGUGUUGAAAAAAUGUGUAGAUUCACCGGCUAUUUUCCACAUAAGUUGCAGCAUCCUCAAACAAUUGUUUGUUUGUUUAAAAUACUCUCAGCGAGUUUUACGUUAUAUAAAAGACUAUCUUGAGACUUUGGAUUCACUUUGUCAAGAGAGACACAAAAAUAUAUUGGAUCUUUAUCCUCUCAGAGCUCAAGCAUUAGUAAUAUUAUUAAGAAUUUCUCCGAACUAUCAUUCGAGUUGUUCGCGAGAUCACACAAUCAAAUCAUUGAUGAAAACACAUGAAAUCAAUCCGGAAGAAACACUGAUUCUUAUCACUCAUUUUCCAGACUGGUUGACAUUAUUCACGAAUCGUUUAACAAAAUACUGUGAAAUAGAGAAAUCAGAGAUAUUUGGAAAUGCAGAUAGUUUUCAAACAUCGCGAAGCGUUAGUCCCAUGAUCAUAGACAUUGACUGAAGUUUACCAGAAAAAUAUAAAAAAAAGAGAAUAAUUUAAAAAAAUUAUUCCUAAAUAUCAUUUAUAUUUAUUAUUAUUCUUGUUGUUGUUAUUAUUGUUAUUAUUAUUAUUAUUAUUAAUCACUCAAUCUUUCAAAUUACAUUUUUAACGCAGCAUUGCUCUGCCAUUGAAAUAAUGUGCGACAAUAGGAUUUAAUAAUCACACGCGUACAUAAUCACUAAAA